GAGGGGACGAUAGAGCCUAGAUGGCGCUGUCGGCAUGUCAUGACUUGUACCGGAAGUUCAAACCGCAUUUGCUAAUGACACUAGCUCAGAUAGGUUACACCUUCCUGUACUUCAUAACUGAAGCUUCGUUCAACCACGGGAUGAACCCUCACGUUUACAUAACCUAUCGGCAUAUUGUGGCCGGCCUCGUUAUGCUCCCAUUCGCCUAUUUUCUGGAAAGAAAAAUACGGCCACAGCUAACGUUGUCCCUUUUUAUGGAGAUCUUCAUCCUGUCCCUCUUGGGAGUCGGACUGACGCUGAACAUGUACUAUGCGAGCCUGAGAUACACAUCCCCGACGUUUCUUGCGUCGAUGGUGAACACCAUAGCUUCCUUGACUUUUGUCAUUGCCAUUGUACUCAGGUUGGAGGUUCUCGACCUCGGAAACCCUCGAGGGAUGGCAAAAGCCCUCGGGACAUUAGUCUCCUUGGCGGGCGUGACGACGAUGACAUUGUACAAAGGCCCGAUCGUGAGGAACUUGGGGCACCCUCUGAUCCAUAUUGGAGGCAACACCACUGUCCGGGAAGACUGGUUGAAGGGUUCGAUCCUCACUGUUGCGAGCUGCAUCACAUGGUCGAUAUGGUACAUCAUGCAGGCGUACACGUUGAAGAGAUACCCAGCAAAGCUUUCCUUGACUACAUGGAUGAGCUUUGUUGGCGGAGCGCAAUCAGCAAUCUUCACUGUGAUCGUUGAGCAUAAACAAGCUGCUUGGACGAUCGGGUUCAACAUAGAUUUUUGGUCCUCCUUGUAUGGUGGAGUGGUUUGCUCGGGUUUAAUUUUCUUCAUUCUACUGUGGUGCACCGAAGAAAAGGGACCAGUGUUUGUCACCAUGUUCAACCCGCUCUUGACAAUUUUAGUCGCCGUCCUAGCAUAUUUCGUCCUCGGCGAGAAGCUCUACAUGGGCAGCAUAAUCGGGGCAGUCAUUGUCAUUAUCGGUCUGUACUUGCUGCUGUGGGGGAAGGAAGAAGAUCAAAUUGCUCGAGUCAAGUCGGAGGGGCAAUCGUACUUGACUUCUGAAGGACGAGACGCGGAAAAGCUUCAAGUUGUCACACCGAGCUUAAGAGAACUAUCGAAAGCCGGACCUUAGGAAUUAAAUGCGGACUCAGACGUUACAACAGAGUCAAGAGUCCUAAUUGAUUUGCUGUUUUUGCCUUGAAACUUCCAAAGAAGACACUAUAAGAAGACUCAGAAUCUCGAAUGAGCAAAGAAUCUAUUCCUCAGAUAUUCCACUCUUCCUCGCCACACCAACUAUACAUAAUCUUGGCAUGAAACUCUUCCAAGAAUCAAACGAAAACAAAAGGUAGACCACAUGCAUGUACCAUGAAAUUUUCUGGGGAGAUUCGCAUCUGAUUGUCUCAAGGAAAUGGUAUAGCUCGAGCAACAUUAGAAGAACUUCUCAGGGCAUCUAA